AUGGCCACAAAAGCCUUCAGCUCAAAGAAAUACUUCCAACUGCUAGCUUUUCUGGUGGCUUUUGUAAGGAUGGCCUUCUGUGGGAAUGUGUUAGUCUGGCCAACAGAAGCCAGCCACUGGCUAAACAUCAAGAUAGUUAUACAGGAGCUGAUCCGUCGUGGGCACGGCGUCACCAUCCUGGUCUCAAACGCUUCACUCUUCAUUAAACCCAGGCCUGAGGCUGUGGAGAAAUUUGAGGUCUAUGCUGUGCCCUUCAAAAAAGACACAGUUGAGAACCUGAUCGAGGAUAUAGUAGCACUAUGGCUGAACAACAGACCAACCACUUUGACUUUCUGGCAGUUUUAUAAGGAGCUGGGAAAAUUGUCCAUAAACUGGAAUCAGAUAAACAGGCAAAUGUGUGAUGCGGUGCUCACCAACCGAGAGCUGAUGGCCCGGCUUCGGGAGGCCAGCUACGACCUGCUGCUGUCGGACCCAGUGACCCUGUGUGGGGACCUCGUGGCUCUCAAGCUGGCAGUCCCUUUUGUGUACUCGCUGCGCUUCACCCCAGCCUCGACUGUGGAGAGGCACUGCGGCAAGAUCCCGGCCCCGCCGUCCUACACACCCGCAGCCCUCUCUGAGCUCACUGACUGCAUGACCUUUGGCGAAAGAAUAAAAAACAUAGUGUCUUAUCACUUACAAGACUACGUUUUCCAGAGGUACUGGGGAGAAUGGGACACAUACUACAGCAAGGUCCUAGGAAGGCAGACAACUCUGUGUGAGACAAUGGGGAAAGCAGAGAUGUGGUUAAUAAGAACAUACUGGGAUUUUGAAUUUCCACGUCCUUUCUUGCCUAACUUUGAGUUUGUUGGUGGACUCCACUGCCAGCCUGCAAAGCCAUUACCAAAGGAAAUGGAAGAAUUUGUUCAGAGCUCAGGAGAACAAGGCAUCGUGGUGUUUUCUCUUGGAUCAAUGGUCUAUAACCUAACUGAUGAAAAAAGUAAUAUAAUUGCUGGUGCCCUCAGCCAGCUUCCACAAAAGGUUCUCUGGCGGUACAAAGGAAGAAAACCAGAAACUCUGGGCUCCAACACCAGGAUUUAUGACUGGAUACCUCAAAAUGAUCUGCUCGGUCAUCCUUUGACUAAAGCCUUCAUUACUCAUGGUGGGACCAAUGGGAUCUACGAAGCUAUCUACCAUGGGGUCCCUUUGGUCGGGAUUCCCAUGUUUGCUGACCAGCACGACAACAUUGCUCACAUGAGGGCAAAGGGAGCUGCAGUUGAACUGGAUUUCAGCACACUGAAGACACAGGACCUAGUUGACGCAGUGAAUACAGUCAUUAACAAUUCCACCUAUAAGGAAAAUGCUCUGAGGUUAUCCAAGAUUCAUCAUGACCAGCCAAUGAAGCCUCUUGACAGAGCUGUCUUCUGGAUUGAAUUUGUCAUGCGUCACAAAGGAGCAAAGCAUUUGAGACCAGCUUCUCACCAUCUCACCUGGUACCAGUACCACUGCCUAGAUGUUCUGGCAUUCUUGUUCGCCUGUGCAGCCAUUUCUAUUUUCAUUCUUGUCAAAUGCUGUUUAUUCUGCUGCAAGAAACGCAGCAGAAUCACAAAGAGUAAGAAAGAAUAAAUAUGCUGUUCCCAUCAGCAAAGAGGAAUUAACCCUUGCAGGCUGAUUCAUUCAGCAAGGCAUUUAUGCACAUUCCUCAGUGAAGAACAUUAUUAUGAUAUGCUUUAUGCUGGACUUAUCAAGAAGUACCUUUUAGUACAUACCUU